GAGUGCACUGCCGCUGGUCGCCGCCCUGCUCUGCCUCAGCAGCGCUUUGAGGUUGGCCGCGGGCGUGCAGCAGGGUGACUCAGGUCUCGAGGUGCAGGAGGAUGACCUCAAGGUGCUGGACGAGGCCAAGCAGCAGCUGCAGAAGGCACUGUCCGAGGCAGUCCAGGUGCCCAGCUACGUGAAGGACUCGUUCGCAUUCAACCUGGACGUGGACGCGGUGCACGUCCUCUCGCGGCGCACGGCGCUGGAGCGCGUGGCGGCCAGCGACCUCCCCCCGGCCUUCGGGCGGAUGCGGCCGAGCUUCCAGGCGGACGCGCUCCGCCUGGCCCUGCUGCGGCACGGGGGCAUGUGGGUCGACGCGACGACGAUCGCCGUGCGCAACUUCUCGGAGUGGGUCGGGCAGGCGCUCGACGGCGGCAGCGGCUUCUACGGCUUCUACAUCGAGCACUACACGGCUCCAGAGGGCCCGCCGCUCGUCCGGGAGCCGCUGGUGGCCGCAUGGCACGACGCGUACCUGCGGGUCUGGGCGAACCGGUCCGGGGCCGACGACAUCACAACGGACCCCUUCUUCGACGGCGCGGACCUCUCGCACGUGAGCCCCUUCAUGCAGGACUACCUCAACGUGGAGCUGGUCCUGCUCGCGCUGCUGCAGCGGGGCGGCGACCUGCGCCGCCGCUUCGACAGCACCGCCACCGUGGUGAGCGCUGAGAGCGGGCCAUACGCGAUCCAGACGCGGCUGGGCAUGAAGUGGUUCGGCGGCAGCAAGUGCCGCCCCGUCACGGCCAGGCUCGCGGCGCUGCCCGCCGAGCUGCGGCAGCAGCUCGCCGCGACGCCCCUGGUGAAGCUUCGCCACCAGGAAUUCGACCGCCGCUUCCUCGAGCAGAUGUCCGCCGCGCAGCUGCUGCGCCGGGCGGACUCGGUGCUGGGGGCCCUGCUCCUCGGCGGGGGACGGCCCCCAGCGGAGGCCGCGCCCCCCGCCCUGCUGGACGACUCGGACGAGCGCGGGGCCUGCUGA